UUUGCACUUGCUUGCGCGAUGCUGCGGACCUUCUACGGCGACACCGUCCUCUCGGCCGACUGGACCGGUGAAUACGAAGAAAAGUCGGCGCAAUGGUUCGAGCUCUUCCUCGACCUCAUCAUGGUCGCUGCCUGCUCCAAUGUGGCCGAGGGCCUCAAGGACGACCUGAGUCUCCGUGGCGCGGCAGCGUUUGUGCUGCUCUGCCUCAUGUACGCCUCGUCGUGGCAUCUCUACACGCACUUUAACGCGCGCUUCUCCGAGUCGUCGCUCUUGCACUACGGUUUUCUGUAUGUACUGCUCAUCGGGCUCAGUGGUAUGGUGCUCUCGAGCGAGCCGGGUCGCGGGUUCACGAUCGGUCUCCUCUGCAUCCGCGCCGCGCUCUUCUGCAUGAACUUGUCGGUGUUUUGGUCGCUCCCACACGUGCGCGGAAAGGCGGGCGCCGACAUGAGCAUGGGCCUGGUCGCCAUGACGCUCUUUGGCAUCGCGCUGUGGAUUGACCGCCCAAGUGUGACGAUCGGCGUCUACCUCGCGUCGCUCUUCCUCGAGACGUUUCUCGGUGUGGCGCUCGUGCGCUUCGCCAAGCGACCUGGGACGUACGUGGCCAUGAACAUUGAUCACGUCAACGAACGCGAAGGCUGCCUUGUCAUGGUGGCGCUCGGCGAGUCGGUCGUGAGCACGGUCAUCAACAGCCGCGGCACGGACCUUCCACUAGCGUACUACAUCGCCAUGUCGCUUUCGCUCCUCAUCAUCUUUGCACUCGCGAUCUUUUACUUUGCGACCAAGCCGCCACGCGCGAUGCAUGCGAUGCGGCGGUCGAUUGGGGCCGGGUUUACCUACUCGAUACUGCACUACUUGCUGCUACCGACGUUGCUGGCGAUCGGCGUGGGCACCAAGCUCGUCUCGGACGCCGUGCGCCAUGACCAAGAGCUCUCACCAACGUCACUCUGGGUCUUGUACGGGUCGAUCUCGCUGGCGCUGUUGAUCAUGCUUCUCGUACGGCUCUUGCACUAUGGCGGGCGCCAGCCGGCACCGACGGACCCGCUGCUCGUCCAGCGCAUCAAGUACGUGUGGUGGGGCGUCUGCGCGCUCUCGCCCAUCUGUCCGCCGAUUGUGGCCGGCAUUUUGGAGGCUGUCGCCAGUGACGGCGGCGUCGACCCGAUCAUGGCACUAGCCUGCGCCGCCGCCAUCAUCCUCUCAUGGCUCGUGAGUGAGACCGCCGUCAUGCACAGCCUCCGCGCACUUGGGUACGGCUAUUCGGAAGCCCUGCAUGCGACGGCUAACCUCGAGUCCCGCGCGCCGCUACUGGUCGUCAAGCACUAACAGUAAACCAACCAUUGCGGUCGUAUGUGCUUGGCAACGACUUGUGGC